AUGUCGCAAGCUCUUCCGCCGCUGGCACCCCCUCACCAGCCCCAGUCGAUCGCACCCAACGAGCUCGACGCGGUCCGACUCAAGCUCGUGCAGCUCAUUGACUCGAUCCAGCUGCUGCUGUCUCAGGUGCACUACCUUUCCUCGACCGUACCGACGCCUUCAAUGCAGCACCCUGGACUGCUGAGCUACAACGAGUUGAUCAGUCGCUACAACCUCAUCCUGUCCCAUGUCGCCGCCUUGGGAGGGCUGCUGAGCUCGGUCGGCAAUCCGAGGGAAUCGGAGAGGCGGUAUCGUAGUGGCGAGCCAAAGAGGGAUCCAAAAGCCGAGAGAUGGAAAGGGUCGCUCGUUGUACCCGCUGUCAGCGUCGAGCCGGCCAAGGAUUGGGUCGUCGGGACCUUGUUGAGGACGAAGCAGGUCAGUUCGCACGCUCCCACGCUCUCAGCUCUGGGAACCUAGCUGACUAACUUUCUUGGUCUCAAUCCUCUAGACCGUCGAAGUCGAGAAUUACUUGAGCGAGCUUGAAGAGUCAUUGCCCCGUGUCUUCAAAGAGGAGGCGAGCCGGAAACGAGCGAUGGAGGAACGCGAAAAGCUGGUCGAGGGUGCCUCGGAAAGGAUACUGAGCCUCAAGGACGGCGAGAACGGCGAGGAGUGGGACUGGAGGGCUCGUGUCGAGGUUGAUGAAGACGAUGAAGAGAGUGAAAUGAUGCAGAUCGAGGACAAUAUGGAGAAGAGGAAAUGGACAGUCCAGGAAGUCGCGACUUACCAACGGACGGGUAAGCUUCCAGUGUGA